AUGGCCUCCGAUGUGCUGUUCGACGACAUCGUGGGCGUCUUCAACAAGAUCCGGCGGACAUCAAAUCUGAAAUCGAAGCAGGCAACCUUCCAAAAGAGCUUCGAUUCUUGGAAAUCUUCAUGUAAUGAUCCUACUGAAAUGUCCGAAGUUCUACGCCUCUUCGUUUCCGACUUCGAGCGGUUUCGAAAAUUCGACAUGGGACCGACUAAGCUAGCGAGUUUUCUCGCGAAGACGUUUCACGACGUCCGAGCUGACUAUGUCGCUGAAAUUUCCAAGGAUUCAUCUAAAGCGGCUCGGCAGUUGGCUGAAAAAAUUUCCGAAGCAUAUCGAACGGAAAAUGACGAUUCUGGAGUGAUAAAAACUGGAGAAUUGAAUGAAUUUCUCAAUUUUCUGGCACAAGGACCAAUGGACGAUCAGACCACGCGAAAAAAUGUCAAAACUGGUGAAAAAGUGUUCAGAAGACGAGCUGGAAUGGGUAUUCAAUAUCAUUCUUCGCAACGUGGAAUCCGCUUUAGGCGCUCCGACAUUUGCUAUCUGGGAGCAGUCUCAUGUUUGAAAAUUGUUUUAAACGGGAAAUUGAAAAAAGAAGCAGAUGACGUGGAAUUCGAGGAAGAUGAGCACCUGUUCAAAAUCUGGACACCAAUGUUGCUCCAGAAGCAGAAACGAGGGGAUUGGUAUGCGAAUAUUGAGAAAUUCGGAGGCCAAAAAUUCUUUUUGCAAAUCAAAUUCGAUGGGGAAAAUGUGUUAUUGCAUAAGAAAGGCAACGAGUAUCGCUGGUUUACAAGGAAUAAUAACGAUUUUACAAAGGACUACGGAGACUCUUCAAUGGCGAUUGGCAAGCUGUCGAGUCGUAUACACUCGUACUUUAAUAAGGAGUGUGAAUCGGCGAUUUUUAAUUGCGAAUUGAUGCUUUGGGAUAAGAAAACGAAGAAACUUUGUCGCCACAACGACGCUUCCGGCACUUCAGACGCGCAGGUGCUGUCUUUCCGACAUGUGAAACCAGAUGAUAAUCAGCAAUUAACCGUUGUCCUGUUCGAUUUGCUCUAUCUGAAUGGCAAACCAUUUUUCGGUGCUCCCCUUCACCAGCGUCUCGAGAUGCUGAAAAUUGCGCCGCUGAAAAAGGAGCGAGAGGAUACGAUAUUCAUAGCGAAACACGAGGAAGCUAGUAAAAAGGAGCAAAUUCAACAAUAUUUCGAAGCCGCCAUGGCGAAUGACGAGGAAGGAAUCGUCGUGAAACGCGCCGAUAGUGUGUACUUAAAGGGACAGAGGAGUGCAGCGAACGGGUGGUUUAAGCUAAAACCAUCGGCUUCAAAGGAUUGUGACCUUGAUUUGGCGCUAGUGGCGAUUUUUCCAGGCGCCGGGAGGAAUGGCAAAACGGUGUAUCGAUUUGCAGCUUAUGAUGAGAAGGCUAAAAACUACAAGCUUUGCUUAGGAUGUUCCUAUGGGCUGGCUAAAGAUGUACACGAUGCGAUUCGAAUGGAAUGCGGACAGCUUCUGGAGGAGGCUCCAGAAGAGCUAACGUACUACGGAAAACGACCUAUGAAUAUUGAUAAGGAGAAGGGAGGAUUCAUAGAUUUCGAGAGAUGGCAAGUGAUAAAAAUUACUUCGAAUGGAGUGAGAAAUGGAAAACUGGUAGACCCAGUGAUGAGAGAAUGGAGACUAGACAAGCCGGUUGAUCAGAUUAACACUUGGGACGAGUUUCGGGAUUACUCGACGAAAGUUCAAGACUGCAAGCUGGGCGACGAGGUUGCCGAUAGUGAUGAGGAGGAAGACAGAAAGCCGGACCCAUUGAAAGUGGAGAGAAUCACACGGAAAGCUAUUCAUCAAGCCGCCCCUGUGCAGCUGAAACGUGCAAAACUCGAGUCUAGCCUUUCUGGAAUCGAGGUUGCAGUACUCCAAGGGACGUCGGACGCCGUUCGACGAAAGUGUGAGGAGAUUCUGAAGCAUUUCGGAGCCAGCGUGGUCAAGGGGAUCACCUCCUCUACCCAAUUAUGCAUUGCGACAGCUCCAAAACCAACGCAUCCCAAAACGGCUCAAGCGAUUUCUCAGAACACUUGCACCGUUCUGAAACCAGCUUGGCUGGAACGAUGUAACAAGGAUGACCUAAUCCAACCGUGGUCGGAAUCUGAAGUGUUUCAUGUGAAGGAAGGGGGAUUUGAGAUUGAAAAUUGA